GCUAAAUUAAAAGAAGCAUAUGAAAAGGGUAUUUAUGCUUCUCCAAAAUGCAAAAACAUAACACCCCAAAAAAAUAAAAAAACAUCAUUUUCAACAAGAAAUAAAAAUUCUUCUUCUUCUGAAUCAUCUGAUAAAAGUAGUUCAUCAUUAAUUAAUAAGCAAACCAUAUCUACUACUUUACCAUAUAGAGGAUUUCAGUCUGCACCACCUAUGAAUAAAAGUGAUUAUUUAGCUA